AUUUGUUCAAGCCUUGGGGCAUUGUUUCAUUUCACUAUUAUAUGGUGCUUGUACAGAAUGAUAAAGAAAAGAAACAAAAUCAAGCUCAAGAAAAAAUUCUUCCAAAAGAAUGGUGGUUUAUUAUUACAACAACAAUUAUCUUCAAACGACAACAAUGUUCAAAAGACAAAAUUAUUCAAUUCAAAGGAGUUGAAAAAUGUGACUAAUCAUUUUAACAAAAAUAGAAAACUUGGUAAAGGUGGGCAAGGUAUAGUUUAUAAAGGAAUGUUAGCUGAUGGAAGAAUUGUGGCAAUUAAAAAGUGCAACACAGUGGAUAAGGGGAAUAUUGAAAAAUUCAUUAAUGAGAUUAUCAUUCUUUCCCAAAUCAACCAUAGAAAUGUGGUCAAAUUGCUUGGGUGGUGUUUAGAGACAGAAGUUCCAUUGUUAGUUUAUGAAUUCAUUCCCAAUGGGACACUUUUUCAGUACAUCCAUGAAGAGAAUGAAGAGUUUCCAUUACUAACAUGGGAUAUGCGCUUAAGGAUUGCCACAGAAGUUGCAGGAGCUCUUUCUUACUUACACUCAGCAGCUUCACUACCCAUUUAUCAUCGAGAUAUAAAAUCUUCAAACAUACUCCUCAAUGACAAAUAUAGAGCAAAAGUAGCAGACUUUGGAACUUCAAGAUCAGUGGCCAUUGACCAAACUCAUGUAACCACACUGGUAUAUGGUACUUUUGGAUACUUGGAUCCAGAAUACUUUCAAACAGGCCAAUUUACAGAAAAAAGUGAUGUUUACAGUUUUGGAGUAGUCCUUAUUGAGCUUUUAACUGGAAAAAAGCCAGUUUUUUUAACAAGAUCACAAGAAGAUCAAAAUUUAUCUACAUACUUCAUUCAUUCAGUAAAAGAGAACCGUCUCUUUGAUAUACUUGAUACUCAAUUAAGGAAGGACGGUAAUAAACAUGAAGUCAUGGAAGUUGCUAACCUUGCACAAAGAUGUUUGCAUUUGUAUGGAAAGAAAAGACCUACAAUGACAGAGAUUGUGAAAGAGUUGGAGGGAGUUCAAAAAGUUUAUCCUAAUCAACCAAACUUUGAAGAAUUUGAUUAUAGGGCUGCUCACUUGAGAGUUGCUCCUUCGCGUCCUAAAGGUGCAUCAUUUGGUACUGUUCCCCCUCCUCCCUCUUUUACAGGUGUUGAUGCUACUGAGACGUCUGGUGCUGCUGCUACUGAUGCUGAUGUUCCUCCACCAACUACUUUGGAUGAUUCAGACAUUCGACUUACGUUGGAUCAUGUCUUGACCAUUCAGGUGGCUCAUAGACAGAUUUUGGUGGAUGUGCUCGAUGAGAUCCGUGCUUUGCGCGCAGAGUUGGCAUAG